GUUACUAAUAAUAGCUUUGAAGCUCGAUAGCUGAAAUUUGUAAAUGUGCGGAGUAUAACAAAGUUAUAUUUAUCCGUUAAGUACUUAAUCCAUUCAUAAGAGACACAUUUUAUAAAAUGGAUAUUUCAGAUAAUUUAACUUUGGAAAAAGCGAUUGAGGCGUUAGAGAAAGUGAAGGCUGAAUUUGAAAUCGACAAUGGUCGAAUAGCCAUUAUUACAUCUGAUCGGUAUGCAGAGACAUAUGACAUAAUGGGUAACCAUUUUACCCCAGAUGAGCCUCUAAGUAAAGCUUUUGGUGUCACGUGGAAUGAAGAAUUUGAACAGUCAGUACACAAGACUCUCGUGCAGAAUGUGUCUAUCUGCAUGAUAUCAAGGGAUACAAAUGAGGUAAUGGGCGUUCGUGUGAUUGGUCUUAUGAGGAAAUCAGACCCACCUAGUGACUUCUCGUCAAUAAAGUACGAACAGUUAAGAAGUCUUUACGAAUUCUUAAAUCAUAAACAAUAUGAGGUCAACUUCUUUGAAAGAUACGAAGUUGAUGAAGCCAUACAUUUCACAACGUUAGGAGUCCACAAAAAGUUCCGCCGAAUGGGUCUCGGAGGUCGACUCCUUGGAGCUGCAGUCGCCAUGUGCAGGGAGUUAGGAUUCAAAGCAAUACAGGGUGAAGGGACGUCCAAUUUCUCACAAAGGAUUUAUGAAAAACAAGGAUUUGAAACUCUUAUUACCAUGCCUUAUGACAGUUACUUUUAUAAGGGACAGCCUAUCAUAAAUGCAACAGGUGAACACACAAUGACAAAGAUAUACGGUCUGAAGUUAUAAGAUAGAAGGGUGUUUACAUUAUCACCUGCAGAAAUUCAGAAUUCAUAAAAUCAUGUAACACCACCACUAAUGCAAUGUAGCUGGGUUAGAUAUUUCACUACGAAGUUGCAUUGAUUGCAUCAAAUGACACUUUUUUCAUACUAAAGACAAAAUUUUAGACUUAUCGCUGAACGCCGAUAGUGAAAUACGGCUUUUGAAAUUCUAUUUUGCCAGUAGCAUAUACAGACGGAUGAUUUUACAGUUAACCAACAACAUUAAGAUCUAUUUUUUAAACAGUUUUUCAUGAAGUCAGGUUUUCCAAAAAUGUUCUGAAUUCCUCUCAAAUCGUUACGACAGUUUUGCGUUCAAUCCGUAGCUCUAAUGAUUUGAUCAACGUUAUGGGCUACUUACACCAGAGUCCAAGCGCAGAUACAAGUCCAAACGAGGAAAAGCUAAAACAACUUAAAAGAAAUUGACACUUUUAUAGAAAAGACUUUCCUAAAAGGACUGUUUACACCAAAAUGAAUGUGACUCCUCCGUGUAUAGUUCCAAAUAGUUGAUGAAAUAUGGUAUAAUGAAUAACAAUGUCUACAGGAAGAUCCAUUAGAAGAAGCACAAUAAUAGCAGACUCGGUUUGAUUGAGUAAUGUUCAGAGUUCAACAACCCUCACGCCCCCUAGCCCCGGCUUAAGCGGAAUUAUAUUACGUAUGAUAUGAGUCAGAAAUUUUUUUUUGGAAUAACGUCUAGCUGAAAUGGAUACUUCAAUAUAUAUUUGUUUAUUUGUCUGUUUUUCGCCACUUCUGUAAAUGACAUUUCUUUGUUAAUAAUCAUCCAUACAUCAUUGAUCAGUUACACUCAUUUCUAUACAACUGAAAUGUGACUAAAAUAUCUUAAAUAUAUAUUAACAUGCAGCAAUAGCGAAUAAAAAUAUGACUCAUAUAUGAUACGUUUCGUUACAUGUAAUAUACUAAAGGUUAUCGUUAGUUACGAACGCUUAAGUGUUUUAAACACACAAGAAGGAGCAAUUGUAGCAAAUAUGGUGUUGUUCCUGCACUAGACACUCAUAAAAACACAUGUCUAAAAGUAAUAGUUUGAAUAUGUAAUGAUAUGUUAUGGUUCUUUUAUAUCAUAUGAACUGUAUCACCAUGUUUAUAUAUAUGUUUGAUUUUUCCUGAUGGGUUUCUGUCCUUCUGGAAGAAAUUAAUGAAACUUUUUCUUCUUUGUUUUUGUUUUGUCGCAGAUUGUAUUGAGAAAAGAUAUAGACCACUUUCAUUAUGAAUUUUCAUAUUUUAGUUUUAUUCAUUGAGUAAAUGCCUACAUAUGCAGAAUUGCUCAACAGCAACAUUCAUAGGAGCAUUUCCAGAGGGUGUUGUUGUUUUUAUAUAUAACAACAUCCAAAAAUGUUUUAUAUUUUUGGGGGAGAAGACAUGUACUACUGGCUUGCUUUAUAUGGUUUUCAUAUUAUUGAAAUGCUCUAAUAGUACUGAAUAAACAUGUUUCAAGAUUAAAGUGUGUAUAUGACAUAAAGAAUUAAAUAUAUUAGUUCAAUGUAA